AUGCAAAUCUACCACGGACCCGAUCCCGUCGUCAUCUCCAACCCCGACCCAUCCCUCCCACACAUCAGGGUCGACCGUGAUCCCAACCGAGAAAUGUACUAUCCUUGCCCCCACCCCGAAUGUGACUAUAAGUCCAUCCUUAGAACCAAUCCUUUACAGCACCAGAAACACUGUAAGUUUGUUCUGCGCGAUCUCAAGGCCGCUAGGGCUCCCAUCGACAUUACGUCGCCCCAACCAACUCUGACUAGACGGCAAUCCUGGCGCGAUCCACACGCCGCUAAUAUUGUUGCCCCACGUCAGCAGACCCAGCCGACAAGGCAACCAAGCCAGCGUCAAUUCCGUCCCACUUUUCACUACGCCGACCAACCAUCGUCAUCUUCCUCCUCGGCUCGAUUGGCUGCGGCCCCUUUCCCGUCUACAGGAUCCACACCCAACAGCAACAACACCACCGCUUCUAUAGUCACUCAGCUUCUGACAACUAUGGAUGACAUCGGCAACACAGUGGAUCGACUCAACAAGCAACUCGACAAAAACACAAAGAUCGUGAGCAAAAUGAAUGAGCAAACGAAGUGGGUGAUGGAUCAGGUCGAUGAGAUCCGAGCCCAGAACGCCAGCCUGGAGGCUCACACCGAGUCUAUGCGGAUCGAUAUGGGGAUGACGGAAGACCAUUUGGGCGCUUUGUGGAUGGAUACUUACAAGAUCAAGGUGGCGCUGAAAGGCUUGCGAGAGGGCGGUUGA